ACUCUUUUUCCUCAACCUCUUUUUACAGAUCUCGGCCAUGAUCAUCCACGUGCGAGACACAGACGGGACAAUGAGUUCUGUUGAAGCACAACCGACAGACACAAUCCACAUGCUCAGGGUGAAAAUAAUGUUAGAAGACAUACCCCUAUGUGACUAUAGGGUACUUACGUUUAACGGCAAGCAUUUGUGGGACAGGAAAGCAACGAUCUCUAGCUAUGGCAUCAACAACGAAGACUGCGUGGAUGUGAAAAGUGUUGUGGUGACCCAAGCUAUGAGUGGGUUUUACGUUAACGUUGUCCAGCCGGAAGGGGAGGUUGUCACGGUCGUGGCGGACGAAGCGGUGCCCGUGAUAGAGAUCAAGCACGAAGUGGCACGGGUAGCGGGUGUGGAGGCGAGGAAGCAGCAGCUGAAGGCGGGUGCCGAAGACAUGAAGGACGAGAAGAUGCUGAGAGACUAUGGCAUCACCAAGGAUGCUGUUGUGUGGAUGGAGAUCAAGGGCGAGACUGGAAACAGGAGAGACAAAAGAAGGGAAGGAGCAGGAGACGACAGUCUGAAGAAUGUGCUGAUCUUUGUUUCCCUUUUGGUGUUAGUUCCUGUCAGUUUGUGGCUGGCCUAUAAACGAGGCAGUAAAAAUUAGUAAUGCAAUAUGUAAUUUGCUAUUAUCAUUGCUAAUACUAAUUCGAAUGACUGAAAAAUGUGUUCCUCUGUAUAUAUAUCUCUUCCUCUUUUAACGGUAGGUUCAUCUCUGAGCCGCCGUGGUCACAGCAUGAUACUUAAUUGUAGUUUUAUGUUGUGAUGCUCUUUGGAGUGAGUACGUGGUAGGGUCC